AAUGCCCUUCUACCAGCUGGCUUUCGACAGAAAGAUCAGACCAGCAAACCUGCCACGGGGCCUUUCGAUCGAGAACGGCUGUUGUCCUACUUGGAGAAGCAAGCCUUGGAGCUCCAAGACCGACAAGAUAUUGUACCUUUCACUGGAGAAAAGAAAGGAAAAGCGUUUGUGCCUAAGGAGAGACCAAUAGAGACGCACACAGAGAAGAAGGUGACUCUGGAUCCAGAAUUAGAAGAAGCCCUGGCCAGCGCCUCUGAUACGGAGCUGUAUGAUCUAGCAGCUGUCCUCGGAGUUCAUAACUUAGUCAACAACCCUAAGUUUGAUGAAGGAACCACCGGUCAAGAUGGCAAAGGAAUUGUGAAAAAUGUGGUUAAAGGUGAAAAGGUCAAGCCUGUUUUUGAAGAGCCACCUAACCCAACAAAUGUGGAAGCCUGUUUGCAAAGACUUAAGGCAAAUGAUCCCACUCUCCAAGAAGUCAAUCUGAACAACAUAAAGAACAUCCCAAUUCCAACUCUUAAAGAGUUUGCAAAGGCUCUGGAAACCAAUAACCAUGUGAAAAAAUUCAGCCUGGCAGCUACUCGAAGCAACGACCCUGUUGCAAUGGCUUUUGCAGAUAUGCUAAAAGUAAAUAAGACAUUGAAAAGUCUAAAUAUAGAAUCCAAUUUUAUCACUGGGACAGGCAUCCUUGCUUUGGUUGAUGCUCUGAAAAGAAAUGAAGUACUGGCAGAAAUCAAAAUUGACAAUCAGAGACAACAGCUUGGUACAGCAGUGGAGAUGGAGAUUGCUCAGAUGUUGGAGGAGAAUUCUCAAAUUCUCAAAUUUGGGUACCAGUUUACAAAGCAAGGCCCAAGAACCAGGGUAGCAGCUGCCAUCACUAAAAACAAUGAUCUAGUUCGCAAGAAACGAGUGGAAGAACGCCAUUAGCCUUGUCUCUGAGGAUGUGAAAGAAGACAAGGAUUUCAUCACAAUCUCAUAAAAUUUUACGGAUUUAGAGGGAAGAUACUGGAAAGGCUUUAGAACGAGACUGCUCAUGUUCCAUUACCUCAAUUCAUCCCUUCCCAUUAUUUGAAUCCAGCCUAAUUUUCCUUUCCCCAGCAAUCAACAAUCAUGCUCUGAAUUCAAGAUGCUCUGAAGGGAAGACCAAUCGAAACUUGGUGUCAAAAACGGGGAGAGCUACAAGUUAGUCUUUUCUCUCCCUUCCAUUUAAUGCUAAUCCAUGAGUGAUCAGGAAAUUUUUAAUGCCUGUCCAAGUGGGAAAUGUUUAAUGGAUUCUGCUUUCUAUGUUGUACAAAUCGCCACCUCCUCUUGGCUCAUAGUAAGCCUAGGUUUGCUCUUUGUUUCCUGUUAUCUUUCUACGGCUAUGUGCAAAUUGUAAAGAAAGGGACCAAGGUCAUUUUAAAACAACUUGUCAUGCCAAGGUGGAACUGUUCUCAUACCAGCACACUCUGCCAAACAAAUCAAUCUUCCAAUUCCACAGACUACAAUGUGCCAUAAGCUAGACAGUUGAUAUAUUGAGAAAUAUUGCUUCUGGAGCAGAUAACUGGAGACAAAACUCACAAUAGGCUUUGUUCUUACCCAAUUAUAAUUUUCAAUAACCUUAUCUUGGAACACACUGUAGGAUCUAACGGUCAGGACGGAUUCAUAUAAAACACAACACCAUAAUGUAACUUUCUUAGUACUCAUUUCGUGUAUGCCCACUAUAGCAUAGAUAUGUGAAUGAAGUCACUAUGGGCUUAUCUGACAAACCAUGGAUUAAAAAUUCUGAAUUAACACUAUGCAUGAAUGCAAUGCCAGACAAGCCAAAAUUGGAACUGCAAUACAUGCUAGCAUUCUUUUUUCUUUAUAUUUAGCAACUCAUGCUUUAUCUGUACUAAUCUUUCAACAUUGACUAGAUUCUUCUAAAGGUAGAACAAAUCCUCUAAGGAAAAUAUGCUAAUUUAUCCAUGGCACAGAAUCAUAAUUAGCACAACCCACUGCUUGAAAAUCUUUCUCAUGGCUUCUGAUUCUAGUUUUCUGGCUGACUGUAAAUCAUUUAGUUAAAUCAGUCCUAGCCAUGCUUUGCCUUGAAAUGAACUGAGAUAAUAAGCCUACUGUAUAGUGUGAACAAACUAUUCUCCUAAAUAAGGAGUUAUCAAGGGAAUUAUAUUUCCUGUACAUAAAUAUGAAGAGUCAUUCAGACACUGGCUACAAGUUAAAUCUCUUCUUCAAGUCAUAGUGGAGAGACAUUAAAUUGAAAAAAUUCCAUGUUACCAUUCUGUUCAUGAGAAAGCUUCAUGAAUCCAUCCUGCAUGAUUGCAAGGACUGUUGAUUGCGUGCUCACGUAUGUUACUAUUAGGUGAGCCAGUUUCCUAAUCUAAUUUGCCAACUUAAAAUAGCUUCAGCUUACCUUUUAAGUUAUUUGUUGAUGUGUGUAUAUGUAUUAAUAGGAAGCCAAAAUAAUUACUGACAAACCCAUUUGAUGUAUAUAAAUGUUCUAAUAAUAAUGUUGUGUUUGUAAAAUUGAUUUUAAAGUUGUUUUAAUUUCUGAAGCUAGACAUUUCUUAUAACUAUUGCCCCUGUAUUCAGUGAUUCUUAGAUAGUGAAGAUUAAACUAAUCAGUCACUACAGGAGAUUGGUGAGGGACACAUUUCAUAUCCUUGUUGCCUAGGAAACGAAGUCUUUCAAAUUGAUUUAUUCUCAGGUCAGAAAAUCCCACAUUCCAAUGUUAGUUAUCAGUUUACAAAAGAAAACAAUUAGUGAACAAUGGAUAGCACAAAAGGAAAAGGGAAUUCCUCCCUAUGGUUUCCUGAAUAAAGACAGAGUGCCAUUAACAGGACUCCCGUCUAUGAAUUUUGAGAUCUGCUGCUUCAGUUAAAAAUUGUUAAAAGCAUUUAAUGCCACACAAAUAUUAUACUUGGGGAAAAAGUGACUCUCACUGUUCAAAAAUUUAACAAUGGUUAUUUUUAAAUAAUAAUAGUAAUGGUUGAUUUGAAAAUCAGCAGGUGAAAUUGAAUCACAGAACGUGAAAAAUGCCCUGAAAAAUUCAGAGUUAGCAUUUAGUUCCACAAGAUCUCUCUUGUACUUUUAAAAUUCACUGCAACUGAAAUGCAUCACAGUAUUAAAGAGCAAGUACUGGACACUGGGAGAAUAACCAGUAAGUGACUCACUGUUGUGUCUGUAAUAUUUGGAAGGAAGUACUUAACUAAGAUUACCACUAAUUGAAGUAAUUUUUUGUUUUUAUUUUCCUCAGUAUAACGCCAUUUGGAUGUCUUUUCCAAAACCCACUCUCUCUACAGCUGGGCAUAAAAAUACAUUUUAAAAUAAAAUGCAUUGUUAUUUAUAGCUAUGAAGAUUAGCUUUAAAAAAAGAAACUGAGGAUUUUCUGCCUGCAAAUUUCCACCCAAUGUAUGGCAAAAAUAAUUGGAAAAUAGCUGUUUGCACAAGUUGAAUCAUUAGUAAAAGGCUAUGUGUAUACUACCUUAAAAACAUACCUAAUCAGAAAGCACAACUUCUAAAAAAUGUUCCCAAAUGCUGCUUCCCUAUAGCCCAACCCAAAGAUUUCCAAGAAUGCCAUCUAAAAUAAUUUUUAGAAUCAUUUUUAAAAUACUGCAUGGAGAAUUAGGUCUGAAAUCAUUUAAUAAUGACAUACUUAAAGAUGGAUGUUCCCAAGACCAUAAUAUAUUCUUUUCUUUCUUUCCCAGCUUUGACAGAUUUUUCCACGUCAUAAUUUAAAUGUCUAUUCAUUAAUGUUUCUUCAUUUUGGGGAAAAAACGGACACAAAGUAAAUAUAGCCAAUUACAACUGGCUACAGUAUGAUUUUUUUUUAAAGCUGUAAGCAUUGUAUAUGUGAUACUGUAUUUACAUAUGAUAAUUAUUUUGUGGGCAUCCUGACUGUUUUUAUUUCACAUUCUUGAAUGUAUUCUUUAUCCAAAUAACUUGCAGCCUUAUUCAUCCUUCUACCCUAGAGUUGUGUGUCUAACAGCAGUAUUUGGUUAUAUUUAUCAGCUAAUUCCUGAUCUCAUCAGCUGUCUUUAAAUGUCUAAAUAAUAUAGAUAUGACUGCCAUAAAAAGCAGCAUUCACUGGGUUGCAUGAGAAGCUAAGAAUGUCCUUGUCUUGAAUAAUACCUGCUUCAACAUACAUGUGCAUCCUUUGAAAACAAAGUUGGUUUAUUCUCCCUUGGGAAGUAUUGUUUUGAUC